UUCAAAAACGGAGCUCUUUGCAGGCUAACGCUGCUUUGUCAACAACUUACUGUGUUCACAUCUUUCUGUAAACGUGAUGGGCUCAGGUUUUCUGCUCAAACAUUAAGGUUGUUGUCACUUGGCAGAGAUGGCUGGUUUAGGCAUGGAAAAGAGAUGGCUCGCUGCUCAGCUGUUGGUCUUGUGGAUAAUGACCAACAACUCUGAGUCAAGAGUAUGCUUGUCUGCUCCGAAUGCUGUCACACUGGAGAAAUACUCUGAAGCCAACAUCACUAUUACUUCCAGUUCACCUGUCAACCAGUCAGCUGUGAUUGUAUUAAAUGUAACCUACAGCUCCAAGUGGAACUACUCAUCUAUAGUUACAGUGCCUGAGCAGGUGUUGCUGCCAGCAGAGACUACCUCAGUCAGUUUCAAUGUGACCGCUCAUGAUGUCGGUCAGGUGACCACAUACCUGCUUAGCAACAACACAGAACUCAACAGUUUCCCUGUCAGGAUCCGCUUCAUAGUGGUCCACAGCAACAUUCUGUCAAUAAUCAGUCAAGUGAUUGGCUGGAUUUACUUUCUGGCCUGGUCGGUGUCUUUCUAUCCACAAGCUUGGGAAAACUGGAGGAGGAAAAGCGUUGUAGGUCUCAACUUUGACUUCCUCGCUCUCAACCUGACAGGAUUCAUUGCUUACAGUGUGUUUAACAUAGGGCUGUUCUGGGUGCCUUACAUAAAGGAGGAGUUUCUGAAGAGGAACCCAAAUGGAAUCAACCCUGUCAAUGCUAAUGAUGUUUUCUUCAGUCUCCAUGCUGUCCUGCUCUGUUUGGUUUACAUCAGCCAGGCUGUUAUGUAUGAGAGGGGGAGUCAGAGAGUCUCGUGGACGGCCUUGUUCUUGUUGCUGAUUGGCUGGACAUUUGCUUUGAUCAGCUUAUUUCUUGCUGUGGCCAAACAAAUCACCUGGUUGGACUACCUUUACUAUUUCUCCUAUAUUAAGCUAGCAGUCACUCUGAUCAAAUAUGUGCCACAGGCAUACAUGAACUACAGAAGAAAGAGUACAGAGGGGUGGAGUAUUGGCAACGUGCUGCUGGACUUCACUGGUGGAACCCUCAGUAUUCUACAGAUGAUCUUACAGUCUUACAACAAUGAUGAGUGGAGGCUGGUGUUUGGCGAUCCUACAAAGUUUGGUCUGGGUCUGUUCUCUGUAGUGUUUGACAUCCUCUUCAUGAUCCAGCACUACUGUCUGUACAGACGGUCACCUCAGUAUGAAACUGUUCCAGAACCGCAACAAGACUGAUGCCGACUCAUUGCUGUGAUACAAGGAAGCACAUCUUACCAACUAGUAAAGGGACUGAAGCUACUGAAGAAGAAGAGUUGCCCAGAGCAGGGUUUACAUGUCUGAUUUGGAUGCAGCAGCAGGGAGAUCACUGUUUGUCACUUUUUGUAAAUUAUCUCAGAAUUAGCACCUAUCUUUUUUAUAAUAAAUGUAUAAAUACCAUAGUGCCUGUAAAAAAUAUAUAUAUAAAGAAUGAAAAAAAAAAAAAAAAACUCCUGCAAAUUAAACUUUGCUGACAUGGCCUUUGUAUAUCUGCA